CAACAACUCACCCCUUCCCACUCUUCAAGGUCACACCAGGUCCAUCCCCAAAUUCAUCAUGUCGCCUCUCUUGACGGCGCCCAGCAGGCUUUUGGAGCUGACACCCGAGCUCCUGGAGCUUGUUCUGUCGUUCCUCAACCCUUGCGACCUCACCCGUUUCGGGCAGACCUGUCGUUCGGCAAACGCCUUCAUCCAUCCUGGGAAUCAAGUCCUCUGGAAAUCCGCAUUUCUUCAUGUCUUCGACAAUCCAAAAGGAGCCUGGGAACUCCUUCAGCCCACUGCUCGAGCUGCGAAUCGCACUCGCGAGUCUGAGUGGGAUUGGUUCCACGAAGUCCACCGGAGGUGCACCGCUCUCAACGCAGUCUGUGAUGGUGACGCCGUCGCUUUGUCAAAUCCUGAAGACAUAAUCACCACAUUUCUGGACAUCCUUGAAUCGGCCUCUUAUUCCAACGUAAUUGGUUCGAAGGCCCGGAUUUCCCUCAAUGUUGACUUCCUGGAAAAUCUCUUCCGAAUUGCCCCUCGCCCCGAGAGAAUAGUCCACGAUUAUCAUAGAGAUAUUGAUUCACAAUCUCUGCCUCUUGAAUUCAUGACUGACUCGAAUCGUCCACUCACUCGAUCAAUGCUGGGGCGGAGAUCUCUUGUUCCUGAUUGGGCAAGUCGCUUUCACAUUUUCUAUGGGUCCACAAAAAGGGAGGAUGACUCAACUCGGGCGAAAUCGUCGGCAAGGGCUCUAGUGUACGAUUGGUCGAUUACAGGCGCAGAUGCUGAUUACGGCCCCUUCAAAAAUGACAAAAGCGGCGCAGUUAAUUGGCAGGUCCUGGAGGCAAUCACAUCACUUAUGCUCCGCAUCUUCGACACUACAUGCCCUGCCGGUCUGCAGACCCCACACGGAUUCAGGCACAGCAUCCCUUUCUCCCUGCCUUCGGAUCCCUUUGUUAAGGAUGACUGGGCGGGUGUUACUGGCACUUUUGUGGGAACUUAUGCUUUUCUUGACUACAGAGCCUUGGUUCACUAUAAUUUUGCAAAUCAUCUCGAGUACCCCAUGGACUUGGGGCAAUAUGAGGAAGCUUGUGGCGACAUCAUGCGACUGAAACUAAAGCUCAGCAAUGCUGAGGACUUACGGAACGACAAUAGGCUCCAAACAAAAAUGCCAUAUUGCGCAGACCUGCCUACAAUCUAUUUCACUGGAUCUUCCAAUGGCCGCCCAAUCGGGCGGCCGUCAAUCCUUGUUAGAGGAUCUGCCUCUCUAGUUCCUGGUGGACGGCAGGUACGCUGGAGGUUCAUCAUCAGUUACGCUGGUCAAGACCAAUGGCAACUGGAGGGUGUGCAACCAGGCGGAAUUCGUUCGGGUGGUAUAUACGGUCUUUGGAGCCAUGUUGAGCAUGAGGAACAUGGCCCCGUGGGACCAUUUUGUUACUUUCCCUAUGAUGUCUGCGCCCCUGCUCAAAAGUAAGGCGACUUCAAAUUGAUGCAGCUUUACUACAUAUAUAUGUAGAGAGCGUCACUCGCCUUCGAUUAUUGCUCCGAGCGUAUUCACAUCACAAGCCCUCAUCAGUAAUCCCGCACAAGUAUUACUUGCCAUUUCAAGGCUUUCCUUUUUCUCCUCAAUAUUCCUCCAUUUUUCCACAAUAUGUACGGCAAGGGAAUUCCGCAAAGAAUGGCCACCACCCCAGCCAACAAGUAUUGCUUCAACCGCAGCCGAGUACUGAAAACAGUCCUGGUGUGAAAUCAGGAACACAAAAGCGAGUGCAUUCCGGAGCAGCAUACCGACUCGAAAUAUGUCCACAUCCAAAUACAGCGAUACCGAUGUCUGGAAUGGCCCAAUGAGCCUUCGUUUCUGCUGCUUAACAAUACCAUAAUAUACUAAUAGGAAUAAGAAGUGCGCCC